GCGGAUCCUUGAGUUAGACCAGGGCUUCACUAACCUCCUCUCGCUGCUUUUCCUUUGGAGUUUGAGCCAGAGAAGAAAGUUACUGUGAACCACAUGUCACUUUAUUCGUUUUCCUGGAGAACGUGUAAAACAAGAACCUGCAUCAAUCAUGAUAUGCCACAUAACUCGUCCGGACUCUGUGGUUGUGGAAGUGGAGGUGGACCCAAAAGCCAACGGAGAGGACAUUCUUAAUAAGAUAUGCUGGAAAAUGGGGAUCAUAGAGGUGGAUUAUUUUGGACUCCAGUUCACUGGUACAAAGGGAGAAAUGUUAUGGCUCAAUCUCAGAAACAGAGUCUCUCAACAAGCAGACAGUCUGUCCCCCUGCAGACUGAGGCUGCGAGUCAAGUUUUUUGUUGAGCCCCAUCUAAUUCUGCAAGAAAAAACAAGACAUUUGUUUCUAUUGCAUGUGAAGGAGGAGCUUUUUAAAGGAAGCUUGCGAUUGGACACGGAACAGGCAAUUGAGUUCUGUGCAUUAUUGGCUCAGGCAGAGUUUGGAGAUUACAGCCAUAACACGGCCAAUUACUGCUACUCCCAGAUCUAUGGUCAAGAACCCAGCCAUGACACCAUCAACAAUAUUUGUUGGAGGCAUAAAGAGUUGGAAGGUGUCAGUCAAGCUUCAGCAGAAUAUCUAGCCCUGCAGCUGGUUUCCUCCCUUAACAACUAUGGUAUAGAGUGGCAUUCUGCUCGUGGCUCAGAGGGACAGGAGCUGCUCAUUGGGGUUGGACCAGAGGGCCUGUUUGUCUGCAAAACAGAUUUCACUCCUAUUGAAAGAAUCAUAUAUCCAGUCAUUCAAAUGGCCACUCAGUCUGGAAAGAACGUAUAUGUGACCAUCACAAAGGACAAUGGAGACAGUGUGGUGCUCCUCUUUAAGUUCGUCAGUCCCAGUGCUGCCAAUGGACUGUAUCGUGCUAUCACAGAGAUCCAUACAUUUUACAGGUGUGACACAGUAAUGAGCACAGUGAAGAUGCAAUACAGUCGGGACUUCAAGGGUCACCUGGCCUCCCUGUUCGUCAAUGAAAGCAUUGACAUUGGUAAACGGUACAUGUUCGAUAUUCAGCGGACGUCCAAAGAAGUGUAUGACCGUGCCCAGCGUGCCCUGUUCAAUGCAAGGAUUACCGGAACUGAAUGUGGGAGCAUGCGAGACAGCUGCAGUCCCUCGUCCUCUCCGCUGAGGCACGUGCAAGUUGCGAGGGAGGAGAGGACGUGCAUGAGCUGCAGAGAAACUCACAUUCUGAGGGAGAAGCUCCAAAGGCUAAAAGAGGCUCUGACCUGUGCUCUGUGCCUUGAAAAAGAGAUCAAUGCUGCCUUCUGUCCUUGUGGACACAUUUUAUGCUGCUAUAACUGUGCCAGUCAACUUCAGCUUUGCCCAGUGUGCCGCUCAGAGGUGAACCGUGUCCAGCAUGUUUAUUUACCCACCUGUGCCAGUCUGCUUGGCCUGGCGGAGGCAAGAUAUGUCCCCUACAAUGCGCCCAGAGGGACUGCCAUCUCAGAGAACUGUGACAAUAAAGAAAAGAGCUGCCAGAUGUAGAAUGGAUAAUAUCUGCGCACUGCACAUGGACUGGUACACUAUCCACAUACUAUUUAGAAAGUAAUGACAUUUUUAUGAUAAAUAAUAUAUGGUUCUAUGAAGUCAGCAUUGAAGGAUAGUAGUUUAUCCAAAAAUGAAAAUUCUAUCAUCAUUUACUCAAUGCAACACAUUUAUUCAUGUUGUUCCAAAUCAGUUUGGCUUUCCUGUCUUCCAUGGAACACAAUAGAAAGGCAGAAUGUUAGGACAGCCUCAGUCACCAUUCAGUUGGUGCAAUGAAAGUGAAUGGUGUAAUAUUACAGAUUAAGGCUGGCUAUCUGCAAGAACCUUGAGAAAUAACGACUGAACUGUUAGUGGUGCAACAUUCUCCAAACGAUAGAAGAGAAGCCUGAUAAUAUAGUUUUAUUUAUAUUUCUUGUUUAAUUAAAGGCUAAUCAUACUUUACAGGAGUAAACAAAUAAUUAAUACUGCAGGGGGGAAAAAACUGUAUGUCAGCACAACCCUAAUAUAGAGUGUAUGAUAUAAGAAAACAAUACAGAGAGGCAAAUAUUUGCAGAGUAAUGAGUUAAAUGGCGCUUUAAUAGUCUUUAAUACUUUAAUACCGGGCCACACAAUAUAAUUCUAAAAGCAAUCAUGUUUAUUGCUUUUUCUCAAAAACAGCAUUUAUUUCAUAUUUAUUUUAUGUUCUGCAAACAAGUUCCAGCAAAAAUUUGUAAGUUGACCUGAUUGUAACAGGAUGCAACUGUAACAGGUCUUGAUAACACUCCACACCAAGAAGGAUUUAAAAAAAGUAUUUAUCUAUGUUAUUAUUUUCAAUUUAACCUUAUAAAUAUAUCAAAAAAUACAUUUUAGUAAAUUAUAUGAGUUUUUAUUCAGUGCUACUGCAGUAUUUACAAAAAGGGACACACUUUAUAUUAGGUGGCCUUAACUACUAUGUAUUUAAUCAUUUGAUACAAUGUACUUAUUAUGUACAUACAUGUUGUUGCAUUGUAUUUACAUUUAAAGAACUUGCAUUUAAUUACAUUUGUAGUUACACAGUUAAAUUUACCCCUAACAUAACCCUUACUCCAAAACCGUGUUUGUACUCCCCAAUCCUAACCCUAACCUUACUCCUAAACCUUCCCUUACCUCAGCCUCUGUAGCAGCAAAUGUGCCCGUUUUCAGAACAACAUGUAGUUACGCAGUAAAUCCAGUACAUAGUCUUGUAUGUAUUUCAAGUUAGUACAUAGUAGUUAAGGCCACCUAAUAUAAUGUGUGACCAAAAAAGUAUCUUAUGCACUUUAUAACAAAAGGUCCAACUAACACAAAAAGUUAUAUCUAUUAUGUUGACAUGCAUUUCAGUUUUAUUUUUGGUGUGAAAUAAAGAGUUUUUACCAA